AUGUCAGUUCAGCGGCUGGCUGAUUCACUUUCUAAUACUUCGUGGUCGAUGGCAGCCGUGGUCUCUCUAAGCAGAGGGUUCCAGAACAAAGAUGAGGCCUACUGCUUUUCCUUAGCAAAGGCUCUCUAUUGUGUUGCCACUCCAGUGACGGUUGGCUUUUACUCACCCUGGGGGCACUGCAAGAGCUUUCUCUUGAGAAGGAUUCAAGAAUAUAUGCAUCUUCAGUCGUGGAAGAAAGAUGAGCAGGAAUUUAAGCGGACUGGGAUGAAACAGCGAGGGACUUGCGGCUGGGAUCUGGUCUCCCUCAUCUUCCUCAUGCUCUUCUACCGACCUGUCCUGACUCUGCAGCAUCGGAAGAGGAAGAAUGUCAGGCACGUCUUCAUCCACUUCAGUGCCUGGGAGUAUGCCGGGAGCGACCAGCUCUGGGCAGGCCUCAUCACCGCCCUGUGCGACGGCAUUGAGAGCCAUUUUGGCCUCGUCCCCAUGAGCCUCUACAGAGCCGUGGGCAGGAAAUGCGGCAUCGUUGAGGUGCCUUUCGGCAAGGAGUGGAUCAGCAAGAAAUAUCUCUGCCUUCCCUUGUGGGCUGCGGUGCUCCUGGUGACCGCCGUGGCUGCUGGGGUGGCUGUCCUCAUCUUCCUUUUCGGCAUUCCUGUCGGCAACGCUUCUGGGGAUGCCAUUGCUAUCGUGGAGGGCGUCGGGGCCACGGCGGUUGGGAUCACGGCGGCGGCAGCCAUCAGGGUGGCCGUUAUGGUGGCACGGAACGUCGUCGUCACUCAGAAGGCCCAGCUGGAGAGGCAGAUGAACCGGGCGGACCUCAGCGCCCAGCUGGGCUUCAUGAGCAACGUCAAGAGGGAAGUCAAGAUCAUCGCCAAGUUCCUCCAGUUCAUGGAGAUCUUCCAGCGGAGGAAGAUCCGGGUGGUGCUGGAGAUCACCAGCUUGGACCACUGCAGCCCUGACAAAGUGGUGGGCGUCCUGGACGCCAUGAACAUUCUCCUCUCGGACUACGAGGCACCUUUCAUCUCCAUCUUGGCAGUGGACCCGAGUGUGAUCGUGGACUGCGUGGAGAGUUCCCUGUACAUGAAAGGCAUGGCCAACAACGGCUAUGAGUUCUUGAACCGCCUCAUCACCCUGCCCUUUUCUGUUCCCAAGAUGGACAGCAAUACCAAGAAGCAGCUGGUUAAAAACAUCGUGGACUGCAGAAGGGAGCUGGAGAAGAGUCUGGAGGAUGAGGAGAGACCGGGAGAGGGCUUCCAGCAGGCAAACCAAGCAGGGCCUUUCCCCAGAUGCCACGGUUCUGCCGGCCAAAGCACACCCAGCCGAACCACAGAUGAUGCGGAGGUACCUUUAGUUGUCAUCAGUCCCAGGGAGGAGGAGCCACCGAAAGCAAGGUGUGGGAAAGGCUUCAGAGCCAAGGAGCUGAUCCAGGAAGCGUUGGACUUCCUCCUGGACGAGAGCAUGAAAGAGUACAUGACAGACAACAUGGUGCAAAUGAAACGGAUCAUCAACACCAUCUCCAUCACCGUCCGGCUGAUGGCGACCGAGGUCCCCAGGGAGAAGCUGUGUCCGGAGAAGGUGACAGCUUGGGUGCUCCUUGCCAACCAGUGGCCCUGCCGGUUGAGCUGGAUCUUGCAGUGCAUCGAGGACGACGAGCAGAUGGGCCGCCUGGGCAUGUGCCAAGGGCACCAGCUCCCUCCUGGCCUCUUCCUGUGGGAAGUGUACGAGAAGUACAUGGGAGAGCUGGACAUGAUCAAAGGGCAGCUGGAGAAGCUGCUGGAGCUGGACGGCGACCCUGAGCUCUUCCACAGCUUCCUUUGUGGGAGGUUCCGGGUGGAAGAUGCCAACUUCUUCCUGCCCUUCACGGUCAACCUGGACUCCUCCUUGAAGAGGCAGAUGGAGUUGCUGAGAGGCAGCCACACCCUCAAGCGAACCAUGAAGACUCGGGGGCUUUCCAAGUGCACCCUGAUGGGCAUGUCGGUGGAGGCAGUCUGCGAGGAGAUGAACAAACUUGGGUUGAAAGAGGAGAAUAUCCAGCGGUACAAAGAGAGGCUGAGGGAACACAACUUGAAUGGACAGACCCUGGUCUUCAGUGACAAAAAUGAAAUCAAAGAGGCCCUCGGCAUGAGCCUUGGAGAAUGGAUGGCCUUCAGCAUGUAUUUCCUUGGCUCUAUGCCCCUGCAGGGCUCCUUCGCCCCAGGACCAUCCCCAACACUGACUCAUGGCGAGAAGAAGUGGUUCGUUUUGCAAGAUAAUGUGUCCAGAGGAAGCAGGUUAUCGCUGAACGUUUCCAAGGAAAAUCUGUGA